AUGAUGCUUUUCAUACCUUUUGUUUUACUAAUUCCAAGUUGCAUUUGUUUUCGUAGUUUUGGAGGAAAUUUUACUAAAGCAAACACCUAUUUUAGUUGCCCUGAAUAUCACUUUUAUUAACCAGAUUUAUUUCCUCAUACAUGUGUUGGUAAGGCUUAUUUUAUAAAGUAGGGUAUUUGCCUAUUUGCUAAGGAGUUACUGAAGUAACUGUAAAAAUAUUCAAUUUUUAAGAAGUGCUUUGCCAUCCUAGGUUUUAAGCUUUUAAUUUAAUGCCCUCUACUACUAAUAUUUAUAUUCUUCGAUGUAUUUCCCCUUAUUCAACAACCUACCAAUACAAUUAAAAUGGCGAAGUAGUCUACACAUGUGAAUGUAAAUUAGAAUCAAUUAUUUUUUAGUAACCUAUAAUGCGUAUUGUAUUUUAGCUUAAAAAUAUGGUUCAACGAUAAAAUGUGAAUAUUGCUUCGGAUAUUUAACAAAGACUCCUUGUGAUUAUAUAUAAGCAGGUAUAAUGGUUAUAAGUAUAUCUCCUCCAGUUGUUAAAUGUAUUAAAAGUUUUAAUUUUUAAUUAGAAUGCCCUUUAAAUUGUAAACGUUGUGAUGUCACAACAUUAUAUUGCUCAGAAUGUUUGGAUGGAUAUACAAAAAGUGAUCUGAGUGAUACUAAAUGCAGUUACAGUAAUACUAUUAUUAAAAAUCAGAAUGUAAAACUGAAGAUAUGAUUUGUACGUAUAUACCUUUGACUUCAACCUAUGUGACGAAUUGGUGCUCGGUUGGAUAUGAAAUGGUAUUCCCAAAUGGUAUUGCUACUUGUUAAUGUAAAAUAAUUAUCAAUAUAAUUAGUUUGUGUUGCAUAUUGCAUAUUGUGUGCGAAUAAAAUAUGUAGUUUGUGUGACACAGGUUAUUAAUUAAUAAGCGGAAAAUGUUUUGGAGAUCCAAAUUGUGCAGCAUCUGUGUAUGGAAUAUAUUAUUAUCAUAGAAUUCUUUAUAAUUCAAAUAAUUCUCCUACUGGAUUUAACUGUUUACAGUGUGAUUUUGGUUACUUUCAAAACGGUCCGCUAUGCCAAUGUAAUUCAUUAAAGUUCGAAUAAUAGUGUGUUCCUCAAUGCCUGGAUUAGAGACUUGUUUUUUAUGCAACUCAGGAACAGAAUGCAAGACAUGUUAAUCGGGAUAUUACUUGAAUGAUCAAAAGAUAUGUACACCUUUUGAUGGAUGUGAUGGAAGAUGCAAUACUUGUUUGAUAACUGAUCCAUUCUAUUGUACAACUUGUGAUUACUUAAAUCUUAAAAGAGUUACAGUAAAUGGUAAGUGUCUUUGUGCAUAAGCAUAAAAUUAUGCUGAAAGAUUUGGAUCUUGUGUUUUAUGCACAGAAGGAUUUUGUAAGACUUGUACUCUUGAUUUUUUUGAAUGCACGUCAUGUGACCCAGCAAGGAAUAGAGGUCUGGUUGGCACUACUUGUCCAUGUUUAUAAGGAUAUUACGAAACUUAUUUGGAUGAUAUGAAGUGUUAAAGUAAUAAAUUUAUAAUUGAUAUAGAAUGUCACGAAACUUGCUAUAAUUGUGAUAAUCCAACAAAGAAUGAUUGUACUGAAUGUGAUAGUCUCAAGAAUAGAUAUUUGUUCCAAGGAUAAUGUAUAUGCAAAAGAGGAUAUGUGGAAACCUUAUAAGGUGGAGCCUUGCUUUGUUUAGGUUCUUAUAUCAGUUUAAUAGAGAUAGCUUGUCAUCCUAGAUGUGAAAAAUGUUCUAAACCAAAAGACGCUACUCCCAAUUAAUACUGCACUCUUUGUAUUGCAGGUCAAAAUAGGAUGUUGACAAACACAUAAUCAUGUGAUUGUAUGAACACAUACGGAGAUUUAAAUGGAGUUUAAGAUAUUUGUUUCUGUAAUACUUUUGAUAUAUCAUAGAAUGCUAUUAUACUUGCGGUGGUUGUUUAAAUGAUUAGCCUACUGGUUGCACAAUGUGUCUUGCAUCAUCAAACAGAUAUUUAACAUCGACAAAGGAGUGUGUGUGCAAAGAUAAUUAUUUUGAAGAUGGAGUAAAUAAUAGAGAUUGCAAAAGUAUGAUUUAUCUUAGAAAAUAGGAUGUCAUUAUUCUUGUUUUAAUUGUAAUAACAAUUCUGCCAUUGA